AUGUGGUAUAACGUGGCCCAGUGGCUCAACCACCCUUGGAUUUUGGCGUACACGGAAAUGGCCCGAGCGGGACCAUCGGUUGAUUGGACCAAAAUGUUCUCGAUCCCACAACCCACCACCCCUACCUUCUUUAUGGAAGGUUAUGCCGGUCCCUCUCCCCCUUUACCUCCAUCUUCGACCGAUUCAUUGCUCCCAGUCACAGUCCCAACUCCCCCAUUGCCGGUACCGACAGCUUCAUCAUCGCUCCCGGCCCCAACAAAACCAACGCGUCGGGCAAAAUCAACCGAUCCUGUGCCAGCGGCUGAAACGAAGACCAAGAGUAAGACGAAGUCUGGGCAAAGGAAACCCGAGGCCAGGUCCAGCACCCAGCCACAAUCAGAGGUGACUCCUAACGACACCGCUGCCCCAGUCCAAAGCAAAAAAAGAAAAGGGGACUUGAUCGAAGCCAGGCCAAAGAAGACCAGAGUCGUGAGCGCAGAGUUCAUCAACAGCAGCAGUGAUGAGGAAACAUUGAAGCCGAAGUCGGAGUCACUUCGACCGGUUGGUGGGGAAGCAAAGGCGGUUAAACCCAAGUCCCAGCCCCAUUUCUCCCGCAUGACACCCAGUGCCGGCUUCAGUCUCAUCCGAAGGCCCAAGUUAGACCCCGACGCCGGUCCUCCCAAGACCGCCAUGGCCGCUUUAAGGCAAGCCAAAACUGCCGAACGUCUUGCAAAUCAGAAUGCCGCGAUUGCGAAAGGCAAUUAUCAGCUUGCGGAUAUCCCCUUAACCAAGAAAAAGGACACCGACAGUGAGGUUGAAGACGAGAUCCAAAAGGGGUUGCAGGAUCUUGAAACGGCCACAGUCUCCGGGGGAGAUGCCCAAGUGAAGAUCGUGAGGAAGAAAGCGAGGUCAAAGAAGCCGCAGGUGAAGAAGGUGAAGCCAGAUGUCAAAGAGAAGGGCAAGCAGGAUGUCGAAAUGGCCGCAACAAUCCUUGUGGGAAAGCAAGCCACUGCAGAUCGGCCAUGGAACAUUCUGCGGAUCUCGGUUGAACAUUCCGCUCAACAGGCCCAUACCCUCACUCCCGGGUUCUUGGAGGAUGUUAGGGUGGCCACCUCCACGCUUUUGAACUUUUACAACCGUCACAGGGAAGGUCUUCUGGCCCACCAACGGACGGUGGAAGAGGAUGCAUACGGGAAAGCUAAUAUGUGGUAUAACGCGGCCCAGUGGCUCAACCACCCUUGGAUUUUGGCGUACACGGAAAUGGCCCGAGCGGGACCAUCGGUUGAUUGGACCAAAAUGUUCUCGAUCCCACAACCCACCACCCCUACCUUCUUUAUGGAAGGUUAUGCCGGUCCCUCUCCCCCUUUACCUCCAUCUUCGACCGAUUCAUUGCUCCCAGUCACAGUCCCAACUCCCCCAUUGCCGGUACCGACAGCUUCAUCAUCGCUCCCGGCCCCAACAAAACCAACGCGUCGGGCAAAAUCAACCGAUCCUGUGCCAGCAGCUGAAACGAAGACCAAGAUCCAAAGCAAAAAAAGAAAAGGGGACUCGAUCGAAGCCAGGCCAAAGAAGACCAGAGUCGUGAGUGCGGAGUUCAUCAACAGCAGCAGUGAUGAGGAAACAUUGAAGCCGAAGUCGGAGUCACUUCGACCGGUUGGUGGGGAAGCAAAGGCGGUUAAACCCAAGUCCCAGCCCCAUUUCUCCUGCAUGACACCCAGUGCCGGCUUCAGUCUCAUCCGAAGGCCCAAGUUAGACCCCGACGCCGGUCCUCCCAAGACCGCCAUGGCCGCUUUAAGGCAAGCCAAAACUGCCGAACGUCUUGCAAAUCAGAAUGCCGCGAUUGCGAAAGGCAAUUAUCAGCUUGCGGAUAUCCCCUGUGAGGCCUGCAGCAAACGCCAAGAUCGAGACAUUGUUCCAUGCGCUAUCCGUUCCCCCCCACAACAAGGAUCCUGCUUCACCUGCAGUACGGGUAAGACGACCUGCACAUAUGCAGUAACCAAGAAAAAGGACACCGACAGUGAGGUCGAAGACGAGAUCCAAAAGGGGUUGCAGGAUCUUGAAACAGCCACAGUCUCCGGGGGAGAUGCCCAAGUGAAGAUCGUGAGGAAGAAAGCGAGGUCAAAGAAGCCGCAGGUGAAGAAGGUGAAGCCGGAUGUCAAAGAGAAGGGCAAGCAGGAUGUCGAAAUGGCCGCAGUCGGGCAUGAUGUGGAGCAUGCAAUUGACGUGGACAUGGAGGUUGGUCUGACAAUGGGAAAGGGGAAGUCCGAGGGUGGUAUCGACAUAGAGAUGGCCGAAGUCAAACAUGAGGAAACUGAGGUCGGUGCCAUUCCAAAAGCCGACAAAGAUGUGGGCCGGGUGACUCCCACCAUAAUCAUUGAGCCACCCACACCACACACAUCAGCGAUUUUCAAGAGCACUGAGACCGAGGUCGGUACCAACACUGACAAAGGAAAGGGCCAGGAGAUUGGGCCGCCAGCCAGUGAGAUGGAGUGGAUCGUGCCUGAGUUAGCAAUGCGGCCAGAAUUGGGCUUGGCUGUCAAUUAUAUGCAACAAAGCUUUACACCCCCACCUGUUGAGCGCACGUCCCGGCCAGAAGGUUCGCGUUUGGUAUCCCGUUCUCGGCAGGUCAGCCCACCAGAUCCCAAGGAGGUUCAUCUUGACACAGCGCUCUAUCAGAAGAAGAUUGACUUUAGGUCCUUGAGCCCCCCACCGAACUUCGACAUGCAGACGAUGCAGCAGGAGAUCAGAAGACUUGCUCAUGGCCAAGCCGACCUCCUGCAGAAACUCCGAGACCAACAAGCGCAAGUCAGCGUCAUGGAGUCGUCUACCCCUACUAUGCGAGAGUAUUCGGCAUUUGUGGUCCGAAAACAAGAUAUUGACGCAAGUGCCCUUCUCCCCCUGGCAGUUGACUCACCCGUGACCCUGUCACAACGUCUUUUGGCGCUCGAAGAGAUUACCCAGUGUAUUCAAGAUCAAGAUUUGGCUAGCCGUCCUCUGUCGGAGAAAAUUGCAAGUCUAGAGACCUCCAUUUGGUUUGAGGAAGAAAAAAUCACCAGAGCAACUCGCCGGAUGGACCGUAUUGAAGAGUCUGCCUACAUGCGUUGGAAGGAAACACAAGAAGAUUUGCAGUCCAUCCGAAGUGAUCACCAGAGACUGGAAGCCGAGGUGAGGGAAGCCGUCAAGACACUGGAGAACAAGUGGGAGACUACGCCAGCUGCGUUACAAGAGAGUCUCACCCGGGGCUUUGAGAAACUUGCAAGCCGCAUCGAAACUGCCGAGCUAACGCUCCACGACCUCACCAAAUCAGUCACUACUAUUUCGGAGCUCAACCUGCGGCUCGGUGCUCGCCAAUCAAGUCUGGAAUUGCUCAUUAUCCAGUUCCUCGGCAACAAGGAGAAGAAGCACACUGGCAUCAAUACCGAUCGCUCAGUCUCACCCGACCGCGGUCAGAAAAGCCAGCAGGUACAAGUCUCCCCGACCCCGGGUGUCGUUCUGCCAAACCCAGUUUCAACCGAUCAUGCGCAAGUCUCUCCAACCCCGGCCGUCUUUCUGCCUCCAGCAUCUGAGAGCCCAGCGGUCCUUCUGUUGGCGCCAAACCCAAUUCCUCCAACCCGGGCAAGUUCGCCCGGUCCUUACAUUGGGGGUAAUAGGAAGUCACCUCGGCUACAGAAACUCGAACCCACACUUCAAACCCCCGCACAGACCGAGUGCGGUUGUUUGAGCCAGACCCGUUCCAACAUGGUAAACUGCAUGACCGAAUACUGGACCAUGACCGGCAAAGAAAAGCCGAGGUAA